AUGCCUGAGUCGGAGGCGAGCUUUGCCGCCAUGGCGAACAAAUACUUCCACACUGGGCUUCCUACCGGGGAGGUCAAUAACCUCGUUCUCCAGGUGGCCUCGAAGCUCGUAAAUGGAAAUCUAGCUACCAUCAAAACACUAAUGCAGGGCGAGGUCCAAAAAGCCCUGGCGAGGGAGAUCGGCAGCCCAAGGCAGUGGACGAAGAUAAAUGCCUGGCAAGUCGCAAGAAAAACCACAGAAGCCCCCGGCUUGCGAGUGGUCUUCGGCGAAGAACUCGCCAACGACAAGACGUUCGUCACAGGCGUAUCGGAAUUUGUGUCCAACAUCACUGUGUAUGCGUUCACGCUGCGCUAUAUUAACCUUGGCCCGUUGCGGGACUUCAUCCUGUACCUUGUGCACUGGCGACACCGCCGGUCCCUCCCUGCCGUCUUAACACCGCUGAAUAAUGUCAUCACGGAGCGCAAGAAGGUGCGGUCUAAUAGGCACAUCAGCGACGACGAAGAAUCCUUCGACUGCAUCCAGUGGGCACUGGACCAGCCUGUUUCCGACGAUUGCAAGACCGCCGAAGCCAUCGCCCGCCGCCUGGUCGUCAUAUCUCUUGGCACCAUCGACACAGUGGCAGGAGUCCUGGUGAAGCAGCUCACCCAUCUUGCGUCGCAUCCGGAGUGCCAUGAGGAGAUUCGCGCUGAGAUUCGGGAGUGUCUGGCAGAGGAUGACAAUGGCUGGACCUUGAAGUCCACAGGCCGGAUGAAGAAGCUCGAAUCGUUCAUCCAGGAGUCUCUCCGCAUGUCCUCGGGGGCAAUCUCACUUUCCGGGAUGCGCAUUGUCACCGGCUCAGGGUUUCGUCUUGACGACAACACCGUCCUCCCCAGGGAUUCCUUUAUCGCAAUCCCGACGCGAAAUAUCUUGUACGACCCAGAGGUCUUCCCUGAGCCGGAAAAGUUCGAUCCGUUCCGGUUCUACAAGAUCAAAGAGGAUGAAAAGAAUGCUGGGUCGCGUUCAAACAGGCGGGAUAUCCGGGCAAGUUGGCUUGCAUUUGGGUAUGGGCGGCAGGCGUGCCCCGGCCGGUUUUAUGCAAUCAACGCGAUGAAGACCAUAUUGGGGGAGAUCCUUCUGAAAUACGAUAUCCGCCUUGCUGAGAAACAGGCGCCGAGGAUCGACAUCGACCUUGAUCCCAUGCUUGCCCCUGUUCGGUCGACUGAUUUGGAGUUCAGAGUUCGUGCGUAG